AUGCGGCGGCCCCUGUCCAGCGGCGUCCAGAUGCGGCCUCCCUUGUCCGUCGAUGCACAGCUGCGGCAACCCGCGGCCGUCGACGCAGUGAUGCAGCCACCCCCAACCGGUGACGUGCAGAUGCGGCCGCCCCUGUCCGUCGACACGCAUCUGCGGCAACCCACGGCCGUCGACGCACUGAUGCGGCCUCCCGCAAACGGCGAUGUGCAGAUGCGGCCACCGCGGUCCGUCGCCACUUUCAUGCGGCCGCCGUCCACCACCGCGCAGACGCGGCUGGCGCAGUCCGCCGGUGGCCAUAUUCUCCAGGCGAUCAGAUUUGGCGACACUGUGGAUUCUCAGCAGAUGGGGGUCUACGAGAACUCAUUCCCUGCUGCAUCCUUUGAAGAUAUGGCCAACAACGACAUGUUUGUUAAUGAGUUGCCAUCACAACAUUUGACUGCUUUAAAACGGAUAGAUGGCAAGAAUCAGGACAAGGACAUGUUCAGUGUUCCCAGUAUCAGGGACGUAAUUGAGUGA